GAGGAUAAGCGUGUUAUUAUAUGUAUGAAUGAGCUAGCGAUUAGUACGGUUCAAUUAGGCGCUCUCCCUAAUAUUGUAGAGUAUUUAUGGAUUGGUUUUUACGAUUUUUGGAAGUAUAUAUGCUAUAUUUAUAUAGUUAAGGAGUGGGUUAUUUGUUAUAUUAAUAAGAGAUUUAAUUUUGGCUAUUGUACUAUAUCCCUAAUUGAGUCGGUUAACCGAAAUUUGAAGAGUUUUAUUAUUAGUAAUACUACUUCCAACCUUAUUUAUUAUAUUAAACUAUAUUGCUCCUUAUAUAUUCUAUAA